GCUAAGAAGGCAAACGGAUCAUCUUUAAGACCCCUCUACCUUUUCUUCUUAGAAUAAGCUUGAGAGAGAACAAAGAAACAAAGAAGAUGAAGUUGCAGGAGUAUCUGUUCUUGGUGGCUAUUUUCUCCCUUUCUUGUACACAACCCAUCAAGGGUCAAACCAAGCCCGAUUGCCUAAAAAAAUGUGGAGAUGUUACAAUUGAGUUCCCUUUUGGCACAACUCCAGAUUGUUACCAUGACGAGGAUUUCAAACUCACAUGUGACGAGACUACUAAGUUAUUAUCCUUUAAUGGCUUGGCUGUGGUCAACAUUUCUCACAGCAGCCAGAUAAGCAUCAUGGUUCCUCCAUCUUUCGCUUGCUACAACGAACAAGGACUUCUAGAAAAAGGCGUUGCCUACUACAACGAUGGGCUUGGAAAUUUUACUCUCUCCGACAACAACACCCUUUUUGCAGUAGGCUGCAACACUUAUGCUUUUGCGUCAACUAAUGGAACUCGGAAAAGCUCAUUCGGAUGCAUAUCGGUAUGUGAAAGUGAACAACUUGUAACAAACAGAGAAUGUAAUGGUGAAGGUUGCUGCCAAAACCCCGUUGCUGCAGGGAGCAGUUGGUACCUAGUCAGCCCAAAUCGCUUUACCAACGGCAGUUCUGUGCGUCCCUUUAGCAGUCGUUGCGUGUACGCCUUUGUUGUUGAAGAUGGAAAGUUUAAGUUCAAUGAUAUUGAAGAUCCAAAGUUAAAGUUAGAUGAUAAAGGAUUGGUAGAUUAUACUUAUCUUCAGACUAUGAAGUUACCUGUGGUGUUAGAUUGGUCUAUUGGAGGAGAGACAUGUAAUCAAGUUGGAAACAGAUCAAUCUUGUGCAGUGUUAAAAACAGUAUAUGUUCUAACUCUACUGUCAGAACCGGUUAUGUCUGCAAAUGUGAACCUGGUUACUAUGGGAAUCCAUAUCUGAUAGACGGUUGCAAAGACAUCGAUGAGUGUACUAGUACUACCCAUAAACAUAACUGUACAGAUAACAAGAUCUGUAAUAACACGGACGGAAGCUUCCUAUGUCCUUGCAAAACUGGUUACCACUUAGAAAACGUUACUAUGGGCUGCCGUCUUACCGAGAUUAACGAGAAGCCUGACUUAGGUUCAACAGACUAUGAAUGGGCUCAGAUUUUUCUUGGAACAACCAUUGGCUUCUUGUGCAUUCUGCUUGUGGUUACUUAUAUACAGCAGAGGAUGAAGCACAAGAAAAACGUCGAGCUCCGUCAACGCUUCUUUGAGCAAAACGGUGGCGGCAUGUUGAUACAGCGACUCUCAGGAGCAGGGCCAUCAAACGUUGAUGUCAAGAUCUUUACUGAGGAAGGCAUGAAGGAAGCAACUAGUGAUUAUGACGAUAGCAGAAUCUUGGGCCAGGGAGGCCAAGGAACAGUCUACAAAGGGAUACUGCCAGACAACUCGGUAGUUGCUAUAAAGAAAGCUAGGCUUGGAGACAGCAGCCAAGUAGAGCAGUUCAUCAACGAAGUGCUUGUGCUUUCACAAAUCAACCAUAGGAAUGUUGUCAAGCUCUUGGGUUGCUGUCUUGAGACUGAAGUUCCUUUGCUGGUCUAUGAGUUCAUUAACAGUGGCACUCUUUUCGAUCACUUGCACGGUUCCUUGUUUGAUUCUUCCCUUACGUGGGAACACCGGUUGAGGAUAGCAGUGGAGAUUGCUGGAACUCUUGCUUAUCUUCACUCCUCUGCUUCUAUUCCAAUCAUCCACCGUGAUGUCAAGACUGCUAAUAUUCUAUUGGAUGAGAACUUAACAGCAAAAGUAGCUGACUUUGGUGCUUCAAGAUUGAUACCGAUGGAUAAAGAGCAGCUCACAACUAUGGUGCAGGGGACUCUAGGUUACCUAGACCCAGAAUACUACAACACAGGGUUGCUAAAUGAAAAGAGUGAUGUUUAUAGCUUUGGAGUGGUCCUCAUGGAACUUCUCACAGGCCAAAAGGCAUUGUGCUUUGAUAGGCCACAGUACUCAAAACAUUUGGUGAGUUACUUUGCUUCUGCCACAAAAGAGAAUAGGUUGCACGAGGUUAUUGAUGGGCAAGUGAUGAAUGAGAGGAACCAGAAGGAGAUCCAGGAAGCUGCAAGAGUUGCUGUUGAGUGUACAAGGGUGACGGGAGAGGAAAGGCCAAAGAUGAGGGAAGUAGCUGCAGAGCUUGAGGGCCUGAGAGCCACUAAGACCAAACAUCAGUGGUCGGAUAACUAUCCUGAGCCAAAGGAGACUGAGCACUUGGUUGGUUUAGGGAUCUUAUCAGCACAAGGUGAAACCAGUAGCACUGGCUAUGACACCAUCAAGAAUGUAGCAAUAUUGGACAUUGAAGCUGGCCGCUGAUUAGGCCACACUCCCUUGGAACCUGAUCAAGUUUCUUAUAUCUUCUUUUUUAUACCAAACAUUUAAACCUUUGUGCUUGAUAGAUUCUUGAUCUUCAGGUCAUCAAUCAGUAUGUUUAUAACUCUCCUUCAUU